AUGAGAAUAUGGAAACUGGGAUAUAACCUGUUUCAGGAGGGUAAUGACCGACUCGAAUCAUGGCUCACAACCGAUGUAGAGGAGUUCACUCAAAAUUCCGCAGCAAGAUUCAACAUUAAUUUUUGCAAGUCACCUUCGAAGAGGCCGAAAUGUGUGGAGGAGAAUGGAAAACUCCAACGAGGGCAGAUGCUAGGCCAGCUUGUUUCCCACUCCUUUCUCCUGCCCUCUCACAUUUCGAUUCCGUCUCCGCCUCCUCUCCCUUCUUACCCUUAUCCUCGUCUUUUUGCGUGUCUUCCUCCUCUCCUGUCCUUCUGCUCCCCCUCUUCUAUCUUUCAACUGCCAGUUAUUUGGGGCAGUACAGUCCGGCUCCCGCUAAUCAGGUCCGCAAAUUAG